GCGUCCAGGCCGCGAAAGGUGGCGAUGGCUCCCGCCGGAGACGCCGGAGACGCAGAGGUCUUGCGGGUAGCUGAAGAGGGCUGCCCUGCUCCCGAGUCCACCUCCACGACGGACCUUGCCCCCGCGGCUGACCACCUCCGCGCGCCCUCCGCGGCGCCCAGCUCCGCGGCCUCCGAGGGCGGCCCCCCCCCGGACCUCUGCGACGACGCACCGCCGCCGGCCGCGCCGGCGCCGGGCGUGCAGGCGCCGGGUGUGCAGACGCGCCCGACGACGCCGCCAGCGUCGAAGGAGCGCGGGGCGGCAGACCAGGUGCCCGCGUGCCUGGAGCGGCUCGUCAGCGGCGGCUCGUCCAGGCUGCUGAGCAUGCCGUGCAGCGACCUCGCAGAGGACGCCUUCGGCGGCUUCCUCGCCUCCGCCCUGAGCGAGCUGCGGCGGAGCGUCGUGGCCGAGCACGACCGCGCCGUGCAGGCGGCGCUCCUGCGCGGGUGCACCAGCCCGGCGGUGCGGCGGCAGAGCUCGGGCUCCUCGAUCGAGGAGGUCCCAGACGACGCCAGGAGGACUGCGGCGACGGCACAAAGUGCCCGCGCGGCCUCCCCCGACUGCCCCGCGCGCGAGCUGGCGAGGCCCCGCCGGCCCUCGUCGCUCCAGAGCCGCCGCUUCUCGGACCGGCAGGGCCACCUGGAGGUGGUCGUGCCCUCGGCGCCCGGGAGGCAGGCCCGCCAGCGCACCGCCUUGCACUCCGAGCUGGGCUACCGCCGCAGCUCGGGCGACCACCGCCCGCGCCGCGCGGCGAGCAGCAUAGCCCGGGGCGCGUGCAGCUCCGAGUCGCCGCGCCGGAGCCCGAGCCCGAGGACUGUCUCGCAGGAGCUGCCGUGGAAGCGGCGCACGGACAGCCACGGGGCUGGCAGGUCGCUGACGGGCCAGCCGGCGUCCCAAGCCAGGCCCGCGGCGGCGCAGGCUCGAGGGCACGAGCCCCCCGACGACCGCGCGGAGGGGAGUGCCCACGGCCGUUCGGGCGGCGGCCGCGGGGCUCGCGGGCGCCGCCGGCGCCGCACGCUCACCUCGAGCAGCGCCUGCAGCGGGGCCAGCGAGGGCAGCGUGGUGGGCUGCAGGCAGGACAGGCCGCCCCCCGAGGCGGCGGAGGGGCAGCAGGGGUGCCUCGCGGCCUCGGAGGGCCACGACGGCGAGUUCGAGCUGCUCCACGUCUGGGAGAGCGCGAAGAAGGACGGUGCCCUGAGAGGCGUCAGCUUCUGGCGCCGCUGCACCCUGGGCGCGGGGAGCUCACCGGGCCGGACCUCCGUGGAGUCGGAGGCGGAGCCGCGCGCGCCGAGCUUCCAGGGCCGCGACGGCGGGGCCUGGCACGCGGAGUGGUCGCCGUUGAGGUCGCGGUGGUGGGUCAUGCCGCCCAACUCCCGCAGACGCCUGGCCUGGGACGCCCUGUCCAUGCUCUGCAUCCUCUACGACCUGGUCAUGGCCCCCCUUGAGGUCCUGAACGAGCAGUACUCGGGCCCGUCGCCGAUGCACUGGGUCACCAUGCUGUUCUGGACUCUGGACAUCCCCGCUUCCUGCAUCUCGGGCUACACCCUGCCGAAUGGCACCGAAGUUCACAAGCUCCGGCUGAUCUGGAGGCGCUAUGCAACCUCCUGGCUGUUGCCGGAUGCGGCCAUGGUUGGUGCAGAUUGGAUGGAGGCCCUGCUGCACAACGCUCUGCCGAAAGGGUGGCGCGUGCUCCGCAUGAUCCGGCUGCUGCGGCUGCUGCGGCUGAGGAGGGUCCUGUCGCUCCUGAUCAUGCGCAUGCAGUCGGAGCGCGCGGCGCUGGUCUUCGGCAUCGCGCAGACGCUGCUGGCCAUCCUGUUCCUCGCCCACGGCAUGGGGUGCAUCUGGGCGGGGCUCGGCAGGUCCGAGGGUGCCCAGGGCUGGGUGGCCCACGCCGCCGACGGCGGCGAGCUGAGCGUCGAGCAGACCUACCUGCUGGCCAUGCACUGGGCCCUCACGAACUUCGCGGGCACCGUCAACCUCGGGCCCAGGUCGUGGAAGGAGCGGGUGUACGCCAUCGUCUCGCUCGUGUUCGGCUUCCUGGUGGCGUCCGCGUUCGUGUCCAUCAUCACGUCCAACAUGACGCGCCUCUCCAUCCGACGAACAGGAGGGCCGGGGAGUUCAAGGACCUGA